AUGGAAGAGUUCGUUCUGCUUCUGCAUGCGAAAACAAGUGGAGUGGAACAAGGAGCAUGGACGCUUGUGACUAUAGCACUGAUCACCAGGAAACGAGACAUCGAGCAGCGGGUGCGCGCGCUGGCGGUGGACGAGGCGCCGCCCACGGAGCACUCCUUCGCCGAGCGCGCCGAGAACUACUACCACAAGCGGCCGCAGCUGCUGUCCCUCCUCAGCGACCUCCACCGCCGCUACCUCUGCCUGGCCGACCGCUACUCCCAGUCGCUGUCCACCCUCCACCACAAGCACCACUCCUCGCUGCCGGCGCCCGCCGUCUCCGACUGCGGCUCCUCGGAUGUGGACGACCGCUGCUCCGACGACGCCGACAGCUCGCUCUCGUACCAGCACCCGCCGGGUGCCGGGGUCAGCAGCGGCAGCAGCACCACUGCCGAGGCCGAGCUGGUGGUGGCGGAGCUGGUGGCCGCGUGGGUGGAGCGCGACGUGCUGGCGGACGAGGCGUCGCGACGCGCGGCGGAGUCGGCGCGCAAGGUCGAGCUGCAGGGGAGCCUGGUGGAGGUGCUGGAGUCGGAGCGUCUGGUCCUGCUGGGCGAGAACGCGCGCCUGGGGUUCUGCGCGUCGGCGGCCGAGGACGAGGCCGCGGCGGCCGUCGCCGAGCUGGGCUACGCGCGCCGCCGCGCCGCGGAGAUGGCCCGCCUCGUGGUCAAGCUCCGCGAGGACCACCGCGUGUGCAUGCUGGGACGCAAGAUCGAGGCGCUCCAGGCGCAGGUGUACGGGCUGGAGCUCCGUAACCGCGAGUGCUACGAGGCCAUGGCGGCAUGGGAGGCCGAGCGCAGGGUGGCGGGCGCUGAGAUCCAGAGGCUCCGCGCCGAGAACCGCCGCCUGGCCGACGAGGCCGCCGCGGCGGCGGUGAUGGCGAGGAGGAAGCGCAAGGGUGGUGGCGGGUGGUGGGCCAGGGUCAGGAUGGCGGCCGAGUGGACGCCGUGCGCGCCCGCCACGACGGUCACGGUCAGGAAGGUCGGCGAGCAGGUGAAGGGGAAGGAUGACGGCAAGUACUACUACGGCGGUGGAUGCUUCUGCGUCUAG